AUGGCGACUCCCGCAUCCAACGCCGCAAGAGACGGCGACUACGGCGGCGGCGGUGGCGGCGGCGUGGAUCGGGGCGGCGGCGUCCGCGCUGGCACGGGCGCGGGGAGGAGCAGGAGCGCUAGCGCAAGCGGGAACGGAAGCGGAAGCGGAGAGGGGAGUAGGAGCGGGGGAAGUAGCAGCGGCGGAGGCGCGGAAGAUGCGGAUGAGAAGAGCGGCGCGGAGGGGUCGCAUGUUCCGCCGCGCUUCUUCCGCUCCCCGUUUGUUCUCGUCUGUCUCCCCCCUUCCGCGCCCCUUUCCCCCGAACGACACACGUGCGCACACUACUCGCUGUUGCCCCCACUCUCUCUCCCUCCAAAUGUCCCAUCCCCCCAUCCUCUCCGCCUGCUCUCACACACAGCAAGGAGCUUCCGCUCAUCCUCUCCCCCUCCCCCUCCCCCUCCCCCGUCCCCCGUGCCCGUCCCCGCCCGCAUCCCUCCGCUUCCGCUCUGCGCGCCUUUCGCGGAACUUCCGCCCAUCAGGCACAAGGACUCCGCCAACGGCGCGCAAACCCCGCCGCACGCCCGCGCAAGCUCCGCUGCGCACAACGAGAGAGAAUCCGCGGUGACGCGAGAAACUUCCCGACUUAGAGGGGGCGGGGAGCGGGGGGAGAAGACCGAAAGAGCGGAGAGAGCGGAGCGAGCGGAGCGGGGAGAGAGGGGAGAAAAGGGGGAACGAGCGGGGAACGCGGCGAAUGUAGCGGUUGGCAAAGGCGCAUCGGAAAAAGCGGCGGGGGGCAUGCACGGUUCCGCGGGCGCGGGCGCGGGCGGGGGUGGGGGCGGGGGAGGGGGCGCGGCGGGGGGAGGGAGCGCGGAGAUGGCGGAGGUUCCGCGGUUCCUGCUGAGCCUGUCGCGGAGCGAGAAGGAGGACGACUUCUGGGCGAUCAAAGGGGGGAAGCUGCCGCAGCGCCCCAAGAAGCGAUCGAAACUCGUGGAGAAAGGAUUGCAGCGCCUCCUGCCAGGUGCAUGGCUGACAGGCGUGAGCCGAGAGCGCUCUGCGUCUCCUGGGCUGGGCCCACCAAACCAAUACCUAAGAGCCCAGGAGAUGCAGUGCCCUGCCCACCCAUUCCUUCCUAUACGAGUCAAGUCAACUCGAAGGCAUCUUAGAGUCCACCAGCAGCAGCAGCAGCAGCAGCAGCAGCAGCAGCAGCAGCAGCAGCAGCAGCAGCAGCAGCAGAGGCGUCGGCGGCCGGCGGCGUUGGUGGCGGUGGCGGUGGCAGAAGAACGAUACCGAUCCGCGGAGUUCACCACCCGUUUGAUUCGCGACGUCGCCGAUGCGAUUGUGACGCGUGUCGAUUUUGAAUCUCAAGCUCUCCAGUUCCGCCUGUGGGAACGCGACACGACGCGGCGCGCCAUGGACGGCAACAGGGAAGCGGGGGAGCGGUGCGUGGAGGUGGCGAGAGCUGCGCUAGCUGCCGGCGAUAAAGAGCGGGCGCUCAGAUUCCUACACAAGGCGCAGCGCCUCUACCCCUCGCCGGAGGUCGCGUCGCUGCUAACGCAAGUGGCAAGCUCCCAGGCGGAGAAAGCGGGGGAGGCGGGGGGUGCGGGCGGGGCAGCGGACGCCGCGGGCGCCGCCAGAAACGCGGGGGGCGCAGGAGAAGGGGGAAGGCGCGAGGGGGCGGGAGCGGGGCCGAGCAGCAGAGCGGGGGGGGAGCAGGGGGGAGCGGAUGGAUCGGCGGCGGGACAAAGGAGUAGAGGACAGGGCACGAGAGAGGCAGAGGUGAGAGGCGAGAGGGGGCGGGAGGCAAGAGGGGUUGGGAGGGAGGGGCGAGAGGAAGGAACCCCCCAUCUUUCUCCCUCCCCUCAUCAUACACCUCCCCACCUUGUUCUCUCACACCCACCCCUUAAUCCUCCCGCCCGCCCCUCUUCUUCUUUCUCACCCCUUUAUCUUCACCCCCUCUUGUUCCCCGUCCAUCGGUCUACGAACCCGUGCCCGCGCGCGCAGCAGGCGGAAGGGGCGCCCGCGACGGCGGAGCAGGCGCAGCUGGUGGCGCGCAUCCUGCGCACGUCGUGCUACUACGAGGUGCUGGAGCUGCCCAAGGGCGCCGCGGAGGACGACGUCAAGAAGGCUUACCGCAAGGUGGGUUGGGGAAGGGAGAAGUGGGGAGAGGGGGGGAGGAGGGGCAAGAGCGGAGGGUGGGGAGAUGUUGGGGCUAAGGUGCUGGAGCUGCCCAAGGGGGCCGCGGAGGACGACGUGAAGAAGGCAUACCGCAAGGUGGGUUGGGGAGGGGGGGGGGAUGACAGGGGGCAGGGUGAGGAGAGGGGGGAGGGAGGGGGGUUUGGGGGGGCCUUGGGAAAAAAGGAAGGGGGGGGGGGAAAGGGAGGGAGAAAAUGGCGGAGAGAUUGGAGGGGUGGAAGGAGAGGGAGCGGGGAAGUUGGGAUUGACACGUCGUGCUACUACGAGGUGCUGGAGCUGCCCAAGGGGGCCGCGGAGGACGACGUGAAGAAGGCAUACCGCAAGGUGGGUUGGGGAGGGGGGGGGGAUGACAGGGGGCAGGGUGAGGAGAGGGGGGAGGGAGGGGGGUUUGGGGGGGCCUUGGGAAAAAAGGAAGGGGGGGGGGAAAGGGAGGGAGAAAAUGGCGGAGAGAUUGGAGGGCUGUCGCUGAAAGUGCACCCAGACAAGAAUAAAGCCAAGGGCGCAGAGGAGGCAUUUAAAGUGGUAUCGCGCGCCUUCAAGUGUCUGACAGACGCGGAUCUGAGGGCCAACUACGACCGCUACGGCCACGAGGACCCACAGCACCUGCUGCGGCAGCGCCAGCAGCAGCGGCAGCGGCAGCAGUACGCGGGCGGGUUCGGGGGAGGCCCGCGCAUGUACACGUCUUUCUUCGACGACGAUGACUUUGACCCGAAUGAUAUCUUCAAUGCCUUCUUCGGCGUGCAUCCCACGCAUGCCCAAGCCUUCCGAGCGCACAUGAAUCAGCAGAGGAUGCACCAGCGGCACCAGCAGCAGCACCGGCGGCAGCAGCAGCAGGAGGGGCAGCAGGGGGGCCCGACGGUGAACCCCAUAUUCCUCAUGCAGCUGCUGCCCAUCAUCCUCUUCCUCGCCUACAACCUCCUGCCCUCGCCUGAUCCGCUCUACCGCCUGCGCAGAGACGAUGUGUACUCGGAGCAGCACGUGUCGAGGGUGCUCUCAGUGCCCUACUUUGUGAAGACUGAACCGGACUUUGCCACGACGUACCCUGCGGGGUCGAAAGAUCGCAUAAAAAUAGAAAACAGUGUAGAAGCAGACCACAGACCACUCACCAUGAGCAACGAGCCGCUUCUCCCCUCCUCCUCGCCGCACGCAGCCCGGCCGGCACCAUCAGCCGCUGCCGCCGCCAUCAGCAACACCCUCAGCAACGCGUCUAGCAACGCGCUUAGCCACGUACUUAGUAACGCGUCUAGCGACGCGGCAUCGGAGCACCUGCAAUACGACGACGACAGCCGCCAUUUCCCCGUGUCUUCCGGCGGCAACGGUGGGGACGUCGCGGUUCCGAUUAACCGGCUGACCAGCGUCGAGUGGGCGGAAAUGGGGGCGCUGGUCGCGGAAACCACACCGGCGUAUCAGCCAAUCGCGAUGCCGCCAGACCAGCAGCCGGAGCCGCGCGACGACGGGUCGCACCUCCUCUCGCUAGUCCCGCUCGCGGAGCGGCUCGGAUUUGUAACGGAGCAGCUUGCAUUGUGUACGAACCCGACCCUCGGAGGACUUCUUAACGCGACGUUCAGUAACGCGCCAGAGCUGAUCAUCGUUAUGGUGGCGCUGCGGAGCGGGCUUGUACGCGUUAUACAGCUCUCCCUGUUAGGGUCCAUUCUGGGGAACCUGCUGCUGUGCCUCGGGAGCGCGUUUCUGGCGGGUGGGAUGGUGCACCGGAACCUGCGCUUCAACAAGCCCGCGGCGCAGAUGAAUUGCGGCGCUCUCAUGCUUGCAAUGAGCGGGCUGCUCUUCCCCAACCUCCUCCACGCGACAGGCACGGAGCUCCACGAGAACGCGUCGGAGCUCGCGCUCUCGCGCCUCGCCGCCGUGCUCAUGCUCGUCGCGUAUUUCGCCUACAUCUACUUCCAGCUCUUCACGCAUAAAGACCUAUUUGAAGGCGGCCCGGACGGCGACGGCGGCGCGGGCGGCGACGCGGAAGGGGGAGGGGAGGCGGAGGAGGAGGAGGAGGAGGAGCAUUCGGUGCUGGGGUUCUGGGGCGGCGUGUUCUGGCUCGCGCUGGUGUCGGCGUUGAUUAGCGUGAUUAGCGACUAUUUGGUGAACAGCGUGGACGGCGCCGCGGAGGAGUGGAACGUGCCUGUAUCGGGGCUGUGCGUGGUGGUGCUGCCGCUCGUGAACAACGUGACUGAGCACACAUCGGCAAUCCUCUUCGGAAUCCGCAACAAGCUAGACGUGUCUCUCUCAAUCGCCGUCGGCUCGUCCAUCCAGCUCGCCAUGUUCCUCAUCCCGCUCGCGGUGCUGGGCGGGUGGGCCAUGGACGUGCCCAUGGACCUCAACUUCCACCGCUUUGAGACCUGCACGCUCUUCAUCACCGUCCUCGCGACUGUUCUCACGCUGCACGAGGGCUCGGCGAACUGGCUCAAGGGGUUCAUGUUCAUUCUCAUGUAUCUCAUUCUUGCGGCGACGUUCUUUAAUCAUAAAGAGGAUUAUUUGGAGCCGCAAGCAGCGGCAGCGGUCGCAGAUGCUGCCGCGGCGGCCGCCGCCGCAGCAGCAGCAGGAGGCAUGCAGGCCAUGGCGCCGGUGGUUUUGUAA